CUAUGGUCACUACACUAUGAGAGACCGGUCUUCCUUCUACACGAUCUUUUGGCCUUCGAUACUGGAUGAUCAAAGAGUACCACAACAAUAGUACAAUGUGUGUUUGCGACGAUAGCUCCCUUGGCGUUCAGACCACCGGUUAAACCAUCACCUACGCCACCGGCCCCUUUCAAACAGCCGUGUCGCAUUCACUUUCGUCAACGCGUCUGACUUGUCUUUCCCAACCUCCUUCUCCACAGAUCUCUUUGCACUUUUCAAAAUAUCCACGCUUUUCCAUGUCCAAUCCGCGAAAAGCUCGUACAUUCGUACGGUAGCAAGGAUCUUCCGAUCGCGUUGUCCUCUACGACAAGCCUCCAUUUAUCCCUUCGAAUUGCGCGCGCAUAUUGUUUACGCCUGUUCAGCCGCUGAAAUAUCGUCUGGAAGACACGCUGGUCAACUGAUACAGUCAUCAUGGGCAGCAGAAAAGAGAAGGAGGCCGCACCGCUGGGUGAGGCCCUUGCAAAGAAGGGCGGAUUGACGCUUUCGCAAUUGGCGAACUACGAUGACUUGAUCACGGAUCUGGUUGUAGAUCGUAUAUAUUACUGGACCUCAAUUCGCAAGAACAAGCCACGGUAUUCGGCAGCCCGAGGCACACGCGAGGAAGAAAUCUGCGACGUAAUUCGCCAACAUGUCAUUGAAGAGAAACAGCCCGGGCGUGCGGUGGAAAAGUUCCUUACACAGAUAAGCGCCUCGCGCAAUUUCUACCAACGCUUACGAACCGUGGACGAAAAGGACCACUUUAAGAAGCACUUGCGGAAAUACGUUGAUAUCUAUAUGCCGGACUGUCCUUUUGAGGUUACAACAACUAAUCGAUACACAAUCGACACUCAUGAAGCGUCCAUUACUGCACGCAAGGAGAUCAAGAAGGGGGAGACCAUCAAAUAUCUAAGCGGCGUGCAGGUCGCACUCACGAAGGCGGAAGAGAAGGACUUAGACUUGACGAGACGUGACUUCAGUAUUGUCAUGUCGAGUCGCAAAAAGUGCCCGUCACUGUUCUUGGGCCCGGCACGCUUCGCAAACCACGACUGCAACGCGAACGCAAAGUUGAUGACGCACGGUUGGAACGGCAUGCAGAUUCAAUCUGUGAAGCAUAUUGAGGUUGGCGAGGAAAUCACCGUAAAAUAUGGAGAUGACUACUUCGGUGAAGACAAUUGCGAAUGUUUAUGUGAGAGUUGUGAGAAAGCUGGCAGGAAUGGAUGGGCGGCAUACUAUGAGGAAUCGUCAACCAAUGUGUCAUCUGACUCUAUCUCAAGUCGAGCGCCGAGUCCUGGCCCAGAAGAGUCAUCUGGAAAUGGAACGCCCUACUCUUUCCGGAAAAAGAGAAAGCAUGAUGGCGAAGAGGAUAACAUCGGAAAGGAAGAUACACCUGUCUCUAGCAAAAAGCGUCGAAAGAGUUGGGAAAGCGACGUAGCUUCAGGCUCCAGAGUCCCUCAAUUCCUCAGCUCUCCAAGCAGGGUGAAACGGCCUAGUCUGCUGUCUCGUACUAUUCAGCAAGAGUCGUCCCCAACGCCGCCGGUCAGGCAUGAUGACACUGUGGCCUCUACCGCACCCAUUGAUUGCGUUUUGCCGUCUACGAGGCGGCUGAGUAAAUCACCUGCCAAGGGAAGAAGAGCCUCUGCUGACCACGCUCCAAUCUCUUCAUCAGACUCUGAGGCUUCCAUUGGAUCACCAUUCGCCUCAUCUGUAAACGAUUCAAAUCCAUCGACCCAGUCUACAGCUGCUAGCUCCGUCGAUGACGACCUUAUUAGUAAAGUCAAGUCUGAAUAUGAUUCUGCAACCCUUACGGUCGGGGGAGUGGUACUCGGUCCUCAGAGAGCACUAAUCCCAAAGUCUGCUUCCAAGGCGCGACUCAACUUACUCCUCGAUGCUGAUGAUUCAUCUGAUCUCUCUGAACUGUCUGAUAGCCUGGAAAUGGACGACGUAAGCCAAACAAUUCGACGCAGACCCAGAGCCACGCGCGCGAGAAGUCGCCCCAACCUGCUCAGCACACCUAUUGCCUCAAUCGAAGACCCCGAUCGUCCAAAUCUGAACCCUCGACGACAUGGCGACUAUACCAUGACCGAAGUGCUACUGUGUAAUUUGAAUUCACGGUGGGUCAAGUGCCGAACCUGUAAUUCAGACUUUGUCCAGGACGAUGUGCAAACGCGAGCGGAAUGCCCACGUUGCGAGCGUCACUCGAAGUUGUAUGGCUACGUUUGGCCAAAAUGUGAGAAGGAAAACAAGCACGACCAGGAAGAGCGGAUAGUUGAUCAUCGCAUGGUCAACCGCUUCAUUGCCCCCGAGGAGGAGAGAGAAGUGCGUCGAGGCAGAAGGGGGCUGAGGGAGGAAAUUCUCAAGAGAGAGACUCAGAGCCGGGAGAGGAGCCUGAGCAUGGCCGGUUCAGAGAGCCCAAGAAGAAGUGGCAGAUCGCGCCUCCGAAUAUCGUAUUGAGCUCGAUGCGUCUUUCUCUACAACACAUUUCUAUAUGGAGUAUCUCAGCUGCAUGUCGAUAUGCAUUGGGUCAUGAUGAGUAGAGUGCGCUACAACGACUAUUGCAGUAACGGCGCCCGGUAGAGGAUGCCUGGGGUUAAUUCGUGCACGGCUACAACAUUACCUAUAAUCUGCCUCGAAAGCAUAUGAGGCUGCUAAGAUAGGCAGAACACGUUGUGCAUUACGCACCUACUGUAAGAUUACAUAUCAUCGCCGCUGCUAAUGCCAUAGCAUGAUCACCGGCGACAUCAUAGAUUAGAUAUACAC